GAAACGCGCAAGAUGUAAUAGAACCUAACUGUGAGUGCUGCUCGCUCUGUUCAUAACAAACAGGAACGAUAGGGGCUAUCCCUAAACUUUUUGACAAGUUUAUUGUUAUCUCGUCAUUCUUCUUUUAGUUGCACUUUGGAUCUUUGAUGGACAGAACGUGUACAGGACUGAUCUGAUCUUCAACUUCGUCGACCAUUGCUUAAAGAUAUCCGACCCAAUCAAAAAAUAACGAUGGCCCAUAGACGGAUGCUGACUGUGGCUGCCAUUCUGUGGAUGGGUUCCAUUGCAUUUGCACAGUGCCCAGGUAAUGCAGAUAUUCCCGGGGAUUGUGAUUUCACCAACUUCGACAGUCGUAAGGAGAUCCGAUGCGGUUCGAGUAACCUUGCAUCAAUUCCAAACAACAUUCCUGCAGAUACACAGAUUCUCCGACUUGAGCUCAACUGCAUCACCUCCAUCUCGGCAACAGACUUGUCACACAUGGUGAACCUGAAGCAGCUCACUCUGUACAAUAACUUGAUAUCUUCCAUCGACGUCAAUGCAUUUGAGAAUAACCGAGAUCUGCAGGUUCUCAACCUCAAAUACAACAGGAUAUCUUACAUUGACGGUCGAACAUUCCGAAACACUCAGAAGCUUACCGAGCUCGACUUGGACAAUAACCUUUUACAGUCCCUGGAAAACAACACUUUUAGCAGUUUGCCAAAGUUGAAUGAGUUGGAAGUUGAUGGAAAUCCAUUGCAGUCCUUACCCGAUGGUAUUUUCGAUGGCCUUACAAACUUGGCGCUCCUUGAUAUUUCAAAUGUUCUUUUCGAAGCGUUCCCUUCCACUCUCUUUAACGGACUGACAAACCUUGCUACUCUCAAAAUGAAUAACGUUACGCAAAACGGAGAUCAGCUCUUCGGACGCGAUUUCAUCUUUAGUUCUGUUCCAAAUCUUGUAAGUCUGGCGCUUCGUCAGAAUUCCUUGGACUGCCUCCCUGGAUCUCUUGCCGUACUCCGGACUUUGAAAGUCCUUAAACUAUCCAUGAACCCGCUAACAUGCAAUAACCUCACUGUACUAAACUACCUCCAGGAACUGGAGGAGCUGCACUUGGAUCACACAGGCCUCAAGAAGUUAUCCACAGACAUGUUUGCAAGUAAUACGAAUCUUGUCUUCUUGUUGAUAGAGUAUUCGAGUUUGUCUGAGGUAGAGGAAGGUGCGUUCACAGGACUUAGCCGUAUGGUAGAUCUGUACAUCUCUUCGAAUAACCUAACCACCUUGCCAGACAACGUGUUUGACCCUCUUCCAAAUACUGUCAACUUAGAACUCGACAACAAUCCUUGGCAUUGUGACUGCCAGCUUAGAUGGAUCCAUAACUGGUUAAGUGUUUCGUAUGCUGGAAUCACACCCGAUGACCGCCAACCAGCGUGUGCAAGUCCUGACCGUCUGAAUGGUCAACAGUUCUUAGAAAUUCAGGAGAUUGAGUACGCAUGCAUGCCUUACACUGACUUGAAUGAUACAAUGAGCUACACGGUUAAUGAAGGUCAAAAUUUCGUCAUGGAAUGUGGCGUCACAGGUGAUCCUUUGCCUUCUCUUCAUUGGUUAACGCCGGAUCACGUCGAGCUUCUUCCAAACACCAAUCAGAUCCCUUUUAGCAUUGACGCAGAAUGCACCUUGACCAUCAUACGAAUAACCAAGGAAGACGCUGGAACAUACAGCUGCACUGGAACCAAUGCCGCUGGAGCGUUUAGCAUCCGAAAAGUAGUUACUGUUUCAGGAACAGGGAAUAUGCCCAGCAUAUUAACAACGGUUUCGCCUGUUCAAUCAACGGCCACUACGAACCAGAGUGCAUCUCGCCAGGGGGGAAAUGACUCGACAUUAGUGAUAAGUAUCGCCAUCGUGGCUUCCAUUGUAAUACUAGGUAUAGUCAUCGUGAUAAUCCUAGUCAUCCGCCGAAGGAACAUACGGAAGGAUCGUUUACAACAUAUCCCUGGAGAGGUUCUGUUCCGCAACGGCAGAGAAACACUACCAAGUUUGCCUUCUUGCACCCUCCCCCGUGACAUGACAAUGCCUUAUGCAACUGGCGAUGCUAGAUACGCGGACACCUUGCAGCGUCAACCUACAGGAACUUCGUUCGAUCCCCCGCCACCUUAUUCCACCAUCUCACCCUCAGGAAACGACGACAUCUACCAAGAGAUCAGAGGUGAUGAUGAUCUGUACGAGAAGCCCCGAGAUCCUGGCGACAUGUCUCCUGCAUCAUCGGUCAAACUCGGCCACACCUACAUGCCAAACGUGAUCCGUCAAGACUCGUGCAUGUCAACCGGAAGUUGUGGCGCCCCUGCUGGGUACGAACGAUCGAUGAUCCGGGAUGUUGGAAAACCAAGAAGUUUAACCUCCUCGUCGAAUUGUGGGCCAGCGGUUGGUUAUGACCCAUCGCCUAAAGGUGCACAGAGCAAUCUUUAUGUUGCGAUGAAUGAUGACAAGGAGAAGUACGCACAGAAAGAUGUAGAAGAAAACGAAGUCCAAGAAAGACUCCCCGAUCUUACUCCACUUGCAAAAGCGAUGUACGAAAAUGCUAGACGAACGUAGCUCAUUGGGUAAUUGAUAUCUGUAUCAUAUCUGACUCUAAAACAAUAAUCAUGCAAUAAAAAUAUUAUUCGGUGUUAUAGCGGGUCGCUCUUAUUGUGGCCCUUCUUAUUUUUAUUUGGGAUAUAUUCCAGGGUGAAAAUAAUAUGACAUGAAUAAAGUAAAUUUAAAUGUACUAGUUAACAUUUCAAAGGUCUAAUUAUGAUGUGAGAUGUAUUUAAUAAUUAUCGUUCAUCGCAAAAUGAUACAUUUAUAUAGCGCUAAAUAGUUUGUGUUUUUAAGCGUUUUACAUGAGCUUAUUAUCUGGGUUGUCGGAUCAUGGCAUGCCCGCACACAAUGUCUAUAUUUUCUCCACUCUUUGGGGAGAAUUCCAACAACAGUUCCAAGAUCCAAUUGCUGCAAGGCAUGCUACAUACGGUAUCUCAUCCUACCGGGUACCCGUUUAACACCUGGGUGAAGAGUGGUAAAAUGUGAAUUGAAGCAUUGCCAAAUGACUCCAGAUAGUCCGCUGUGGGAUUCAAACACACAGUCAUGUACCACCUUUUGAUAACAAGGCGAGAGUCGGAUGGUUUAGAACUUCUACACCUAUGAAAAAAAAAUGUGAAGACACUAUAAGAUAUAUGUAACUGAUCAGCCAUCAUUUAACUAAUCUCCUGAGUUGAAUAAUUCGAGAAAUUAUGUUAUCUCAUGAAAGUGUAUGGAAUGGAAUUGUGAAGGAGUCACUUUAUAUAUUUCUCUUUUGGAAACACCAUUAUGAAUAAUGCUUUUCGGAUGCACUUUUUUCAGGGCUUUACUUUAAGACAUUAUCACAGACAUGGGUGACAAAUGGGACACUGCAGCUCAGAUUUUCUAAAGUAAAAUCGAGGAAAACGAAACUUAGCCCAAAACGUCAAAGUUAUGGUAGAUGUAUAAAGGUUGUGCGUCUAUGGUGAAUGCAUAUUAAACGUAUGAGAAAAUAAUUUGAUGUUGCCAACUCCCAUUUAUCGAUGCUAUUAUGGGAAAUUAACUUUAGUUCAAGUUUGGAUUAAUGUAUUUAAAAUAUCACGCUCAUGGGCGGAAAUCCCAGGGGGGACAGGGGGGACGUGUCCCCCCUACCAAAAAUAGUAGGGGGGACACAAUAUCAAAUGUCCCCCCUACUAUUUUUGGUCUUUUAUGAUGGAUAAAAUUGCAUCAUUCACAUUCGAAAUAAUACGUGUAUUUUGGACUAAAUGACCUUACAUUUUGAGUGAAAACCUUUGUUUUUUUUUUGCUUGUCAAGUGUUCCAGAGUGAAUAAAAUAAGAUUAGAGGAAGACUUGGAAAAUAAAAGAAUCUUUCAUGUCACUAUAUAAAAUUUUCGCUCACACUUCGCGCUCGCAUUGCCUGUUAGAUGAUUUUUCAAUAUGGAGCUUAAAUAUCAAGUUUGGAAGUCAAUAUACAUUAGACAGUUUACCUCGGAAAUCGAACUUUCAUUAUUUUGUGUGAUUUACAAACUGAUUUUUCAAAGUGCUCUGUAAAAGAGACAGCUUUAUGGUCUGAUUAUUGACAUUUUCUACUCGCACUGAGCGCUUGCAAAAUUCGAUUUAUUCAGAACCUAUUAUUUUUGUGUAUUCCAUUUAGUUUUGAAAAAUAUCCCUUUUCAAGUCUGAUUGUCAAAACGUAGCAGAUAGCGCUACUCGCAUUUUGAUUGGCGAUUUAUGUACGUCUCAAUAUUGAUUUUCAUGAGAUUUGCGCUCGCAUUAAUGGUUAAAAAAUAUUCCAACUGAUGCAUUCUAUUCAUAAUUACUAAAGUGCUUGAAAUGUCCAGUUUUCAGGCCAUAAUAUCAUCAGAUUUCUCGCCCUCAUUAGGCAUUAAUAAAUAAGAUAUUAAUUUAAUGAUCCAUAUCCACCUCACAAUUUUCCUACAAAGUGCUUGAAAUAUAAAGCUGAAAUUGACUCUUUUUUCAGAUCGGAAUAUCAAAUAGUUUAAGCUCGCGCUUCGCGCUCGCUGAUAAAUGUGUAGAAUGCCGAGAUUCUAGGUCUAAAUCUGAAACACGCGCAUGUUUAUUCAGAUAUUCAACUUGUUCUUUAUUUAGAUCAAAAUCCAGUUUCAGAUCACAAUAUCACAAAUUUUCUGCUCGCAUUAUUAAUGUAGAAAGAUCCCCUAUUACUCACCCUUUUCAUGAUUUACAAAACAUGAGUAGAGUGUCCCGUUUUUAGGUCUAAAUCUCGAUUUUUUCUGCUCCCGCUUCGCUUGCAUCAAUUGUUUAGUUAUAUAGCUACCCUGUUCACGAUUACAAAAAUUGAUUAAAAUGUUUUAUUCUUUUUGUAGAAAUGUCAAAAAUGUUCAGCUCGCAUUUGUGCUAGCAUUAUUUGAUUGUUGAAAUAUGUAACGUCUUCAUGGCUAAGUGCAAGCAGUCCUUAACAAGUACCUUUUCGAUCGAUUCAAAUUAAACGUAUAUGAAUGUUUUCUGGCUGCAUUUUGCACUCGCAUUAUUAAUGUAAGGACCGGGUGUAAGGAAGACCCCCAAUUACUCAUCCUUUUCAUGAUUUACAAAACAUGAAUAGAGUGUCUCGUUCUUAGGUCUAUAAAUCUCAAAAUUUUCCGCUCGCGCUUCGCAACAAUUGUUUAGUUAUGUACCUAUUAUAUGUUUAAGUUACAAAAAGUGCUUAGAAUUUCCAGUCUUUGGGUAAAAUUUCAAAAAAUUUCAGCUCGCGCUUCGCGCUCGCAUUAUUUUAUUGUUGAAAUAUGGAACGUCUUCAUGGCUAAUUGCAAGCAGUCUUUAACAGGUACCUUUUACAUCAGUUAACCUCUGCUCGCACUUUGCGUUCGUAGUAAAUAUUAAGUUGUAUAUACAUCUUUUUCAGGAUAACAAACAUUGCCCAGAAUGUUCAAAUUUUAGGAAAAAAUACAUAAAUUUGCCCAAAAAAUUUUGCUCGCGCUUCGCGCUCGCAUUAUAUAAAUAAGGACGAUGAUAUUAUAUAUUUAUGUUGAUUUAUAAGAAUAAAGCUAAAAAGUGACAAUGAGGACUACUCCUUCAAUGAAACAGACAAAAAUUACCUUUAAGCGGCCGAUCGGGGAUUAACAUAUGGCUGAAAACAUUUUUCGCCCCCCCCCCUAUUGGCGAAGGCUGGAUCAGCCCCUGUUGUCCCCCUUACCUUUCGGGACAGAUUUCCGCCUGUGAUCACGCUUGGAGAAAAACGAGUCCCUUCAAGGAUGACGUACUAUACAAUACAGGUAAAGUCAGUACUAGCUUAGUUACAAAAUGCCACAACCUCCUUAUUUUCCAUCCGAUUUUCAUAAUAUUGUAAAUGUUUUGAAUUUUGCAUGAAUUAAUGUUUAAGAAAAAAGUUGAAAUUUGUGAAAUGGAAGAAGAUGAAUGUUUAUUUGAAUUUAAUUAUUUCAUUUCCCCCCAUUUUAUUCCAAUCAUAUUAUGUUGACUUGUAGUAUCCGAUAUUUUCAUAAAAUUGUGAAUGUUUUGAUAUUUUUAUGAAGUGUUGACGAAAAAGUCUAGAAAUUUGUGAAAUGGAAGAAAAUAAAUGAGAACUAAAGAUAAUUUUUAACGAUGGCCGAUUAUAUUUUAAAAUUCCGCUAAAAGAUCUCUUAUUGUACUGAUUUUUAAAUAAUUUAGUUGAUAGGAGAUGGGCCAAUCUUGGUUUAUUUCAUUCUGUUUUUUUUAUAAAAUGUUUGUUCGUAUAUUACUGUCAGGGGCCGCGGAACGGUUUUCAAAGUGGGGGGGGGGGGGGGGUGGGCUGACCAUGCAAAAAAUCACAAUCAUAUGGUCAUUUUUACGUUUUUGUACACGGUUUUGGAAAAAAGUGGGGGGGGGGGGGUGAAGCCCCCCCCCCCUGAGCCCCCCGCUUCCGCGGCCCCUGACUGUGUCUCUGCAAUCGUCUUUCUUUUUUUUCUUCAAUCACCCAAGUUUUCCCUUUUCUCUAUUGCUUACAUAAAUAAGCACCAUUUAUUCAUCAUGGCACAUUACUAGUAUAUUUAAAAGAUCAUUUCAUUUCCUUUACAAUGAUACCAUGCUUGUUAUGAUCAUGCCAUCACGAAAAGAGCAGGAUUCAAAAGUGUUGGAUGAAGUCUGAAUUGAAAAGCUGCAAAACGAGCAAAAAAAGUUUGGAAAUCUGAGUUUGGCCAUUAAUUUCUCCCAACUCCAAAUUUUACACAAUGAAUAUUUGAUAUCAUUCAAAAGAUCAUUUAAUUCUUUUUAAAAUGAUACCUUUCUUGUUAUGAUCAUGCCAUCACGAAAAGAGCAGGAUUCAAAAGUGUUGGAUGAGGUCUGAAUUGAAAAGCUGCAAAACGAGCAGAAAUAGUCUUGAAGGGUCAAUACAGAACAUGAUUCUUUUGUCUGUGUCAAUAGAGAUGAAAAUCCAUUCAAAUCAA